UCGACCCCUGCUCUCGCUCGGGCUGCUGCAGCUGGUUCUCGGCUGCUCCAUGGUGGCGCUUUCUUUCGGGGCUCUUUCCCUCAGCAACUCGCCUCCUAUCAGGAAUUCUUGUCCGUUUUGGGCAGGGUCUUCAGUCAUCCUCUCGGGGAUUAUCGGCCUCACAACAUGGAAACGGCCCAUGCUCCUGCUGGUGAAUCUGUUCGUGUUGCUGUCUGUGGUGUGUAUUCUGCUGAACCUGGCGGGGUUCAUCCUGUGCUGUCAGGGAGCUCAGCUGGUGUCCAGCACCAUCAACUGUCAGCUGAGCGAGCAUGGUGAUAUCUGUAACUGCUGUGCUGAUAGCCCCAGCAGCCUGUGCCCGGAGGAGAAGCUGAUAAAGAUUUAUCCUGGCCACUCGUGCGGGACAAUGAGAGUGCUGCUCAAGAAAGUUCUGUUUGCACUGUGCGCAUUGAACGCGCUGACUACAGCAGUGUGUCUGAUCGCAGCUGCGCUCAGGUACCUCCAGAUUUUCUCAGCCAGACGGCCCUGCACGGAGGAGCCGCGGAACGUUCCAGAAGAAGGAGAGGAGCAGCGGCGCACCCCUGAUCCCGAGGAGUUCGUAGCUCCCGCGCCCCCUCCUUCAUACUUCUCCACCUUCUACUCCUACACCCCACGGCUGGCACGCAGGAUGUUUGGGGACAGUGUGAUUCCGCUGCCGCAUAUAUACGGGGCGAGGAUCAAAGGAGUGGAAGUUUUCUGUCCCCUUGACCCACCGCCCCCCUAUGAAGCCGUUGCUUCAGAAGAGAGCCAGCCCGUACUGGCACAGGACUCUGAGCUUCAAGUGACAGAGCUGACCGAGGGGCUGUCCCGCUGCUCUGAGAUGAGCACCAGUGAUGACAGGUGCCUGCAGACAUCAGUACAGAGUUCAACACCGCCAUCACAGCCCUGUCAGACUCCCAGCACAGCCUCGUCCAGCAGGAAAACACACAGACAGCGCCUCCGCAGGUCCAACAGCGACCCUGUUCUCCUGGACCUUGCUGCCAAAGUAAUGAGCUGUGAAGCAGCCACACAGACUGAAAUAAGUCCCGGGACAGGGCCAACCGAGCAAGCCACUGUCACCCUGCGACGGGGGAAGGGUCUUCGGAGGCCACGUCCCGCCUCCAUGGUGGACUACCAGAGCUACAGGGACACCAAGCUGCUGGUGGCCCGCUUCCUACAGCAGUCCUCGUGCAGCCUGACCCCGGAGGUCCAGGAGCUGAUUAACAGCAUCAAGACAGUGCUGCGCUCAGAUGAGGAGCACAUGGAGGAGGCCGUACGCUGCGCCAGUUUCAUCGACCAGGUUAUCACCGGGUCAGAGAGCGGUCAAGCACCGACAGCCCAGGCUAGGCAGCCACAGCUGGACUGCACCUCCAACACGCUGCCGCUGCGCAAGCGGCCUGGCCUGCUGCACCUGCGCAGCUGCGGGGACCUCAGUACGUUCACUUGGGCUGAGCUGCAAGCGGGGAGCACGUCCCGCUCACGCUCCGCCUCCAGGACGGGCUCUCGGGCUGGAUCCCGCCGGCUGGGGCAGGAGCGCCCACACAGCCUGAUAGGAGUGUCCAGAGAAACCAUUCUCUGAAAGCUGAAUAGACUUACUGUAUGAACUCUGUAUGAAAGAAAGGAAUGUCCAGCCGACACACAGUUUGUGAAUUUUUUUUUGUUUAUCGCAAUUUUAUGUUUUUACAGAGUUCAGUUGUGAGUGUUUGUUGGGUCCCAGUGUUGGUAGAGUGGGUUGACCACAAAACUGUGGCACAGUGGAGUUGAGCAUUGGCAUGCAGCGGAACUAUAAUUGCUGGAUAUGAAUGUUUUUUUCUUAGAAAUAAUGCACUGUUUCACCUUAACACUGGAAAAUAAGAUAUAUAAAUAUAUGAAUUACAUUCAGUUUUACUAAAUUCCAAAAUUCCUUUCUGUUCAAUACCUUUAAUACAAAUUUACAAAAUUUGGACUUGAAUGAGAACGGAGCAGAUACGAGGCUUAGACCACCCCAAGCUUUAAUGAGCUGGAAGUUUUUAAAUUUGAUGUGACCUACAGAUCUGUCUUUAUUUUAUUAAGAUUUUUUUAAUUGUCCGGUUUUGAGUAAUGUUUGCACAUUUUUCCUGUUCUAGUUACCGAGCUGAAUGUGCUAUGAUAAUAUGUCUUAUAAACAAGGCAGCUGUUGGUUAUAGAGUAAGGCAGAAUAUCAGUUAGGGUCUCUAAUGCAUAUAGUUUGCCUGCUUGCCUUGUAUCAGUUAAGGGUUAAGACAUGAAACUUUAAGCCAUGACAAUCAAAUAAAUUGUAUCAAAUAAACAUUAUUUUUAAAAAACA